CCAUCCCCACACACUCCGCCAUGUCGACGCACAUCCGCAAGCGCAAGGGCGGCGCACCCUCGGCGCCCGAGGAGGGCCAGUCGCACCCCAACGCCUUCGCCUUCACCGGCGCGCUCGGCGCCAUCGUCGUGCCGCAGAAGCGCUGGUACCGCCAGCGCGCGCACGCCAACCCGUUUGCCGACCACGACCUCGUCUACCCGCGGGCGCCGCAGUACAUGGACUGGCACCCGCACUACCCGCAGCUCGUGCCGGCCGCCGCCGCCUCGUCCGCGGCGGCGCCGCGCGUCGAGUUCCUCGACAUUGGCUGCGGCUUCGGCGGCCUGCUCUUCCAGCUCGCGCCGCACUUUCCGACCACUCUCAUGCUCGGCCUCGAGAUUCGCGUGCAGGUCACGGCGUACGUGCACGACAAGAUCUGGGCGCUGCGUCUGGCACACCGCAGGGCACAGGCGGCCAAGAGGGGCGAGGUGGAGGAUGCACCGGCGGGCGAGGGGGUGCAGGGAGAGGGCGGCGAUGUGACGGCAGCGCAGGGAGAGGGAAACGGCGAUGCAGCUGCGCAGCAGCCCAGCGCCGGUCCUUCUUCGCCAGCGCAGCGGCCAGCGAAGCGCGCAAAGGGCGCAAAGGGCGCGCCCGUCGAGCCGGCCGACGACGACGAGCUGUCGGAGGAGGACGAGCGGGAGAUGAAUGCGCAGCUUGUGCGCGGCGCCGGCGACGUGCCGGGCGGCUACGAGAACAUCAGUGUGCUGCGCAGCAACGCCAUGAAGUUCCUGCCCAACUUCUUCGAGCGCGGCCAGUUGACAAAGAUGUUCUUCCUGCAUCCGGAUCCGCACUUCAAGCGCAUCAAGCACAAGGCGCGCAUCAUCUCUCAGACGCUGCUGGCCGAAUACGCGUACGUACUGCGGCCCGGCGGCAUCGUGUACACCAUCACCGACGUGCAUGACCUGCACGUCUGGAUGGUCGGGCAUCUCGAUGCGCAUCCGCUCUUCGAGCGCAUUCCCGACGCGGAGCUCGUCGAUGAUCCGUGUGUGGCUGCAGUGUGGGGCGCCACUGAGGAAGGCAAGAAGGUCGUGCGCAACAAGGGCGACAAGUGGUUCCAGGCGUACCGGCGGCUGCCCGAUCCGCAAUGCGACGAGGCCUGAGGCCGUGCUCAGCCAGAUG